AUGCGCCUCCAUCGGCUGCGGAGCGUCCUCGAGCCGUCCGUUGCCUGGCGGUUGCUGCUGGUGACCGUUCUGCUCUGUGGAUUACCCCGGCCGGUCACCGGAUACUUCGAUCUCUUCCUGAACCACUCCGAGAUGAUCAAACUGAUGGGAAUAGAGGCCGAUCUUUUCUACGUACGCGAUGGUGCAGUCAACGAUUACGCGAUGAGUUUUGUGGUUCCGAUGAAACCUGGCAUCGAUUUCUUGCGAUUUUCCUGGCAAAGCCGAACCGCUUAUCCGCUCCCUUACACGAUAUCGGUCCACUUCGAUGACAACGAGGGUGCCCUGCAGCAUCCGGAGCUCGACAUCCCGACCAGCGGCAUCAUCCCGCGGACGGUGGAAAGCUUCACCGUGCACCUGGUCUGCUGGGGAAACGUCACCAAGGAGGUGCCGGUCGGGAUACACCUGCACGUCGAAGGGCCACCGAAGCACAACGACACCAAAUUGAUUAUCAAGCGGAAUAAAAUUUGCAUCAAAGGUAUGCUUCCGGCAAGGAAUCGCCUGCCAGCAGCUGAGAUCGCACCUCAACAAGGGCCAGCUCUUCUUGGUGCAGCCGCUUGCGCUCUGGGGCUCGUCCUGGUCGUUGGACUUAUCGCCAGCGCAAUGUACGUCCGAGCACGAAAACAGAUUCGACAGGACUCGUUACACACCAGUUUCACUACAGCAGCAUAUGGCAGCCACCAGAAUGUGUUCAUUCGCCUUGAUCCACUGGGACGUCCUCCGAGCGCGAACAGUGGCUCGUACGCAACGAUUGCGAGUCUCAACAAGUAUCCCAUUAGCGAAUCGAAGAAGUCAUGGUUUCGCAGCACACCCUCGCCCUCGCCGUACGCGACGGCCCUGCUGCCCCUCGGGGCACCGAACGGAACGGCCGCCAUGGGGACGGAGUCGGUCUACGCCAAGCCGGAAUCGGUCUGUCCAUCCCGGGUGUCCUACUACGCCUCGUCCCAGCUAACUCAGGUCUACAGCCUGUCGACGCCGGCCCGGAGCAUCCACAGCAACGGCUCGAACCCGAAGGACAAGCUGCGAAGGAUCGCCGUGUCCCCGGGCACCAUUAUCUGCCAGCAGCUCGUCCAGGAGGGCACGUACGGCAGGAUCUACAGCGGCAUCCUGCAUCAUCCUCUGGGCGAAACGCGAGACGUGUUGAUCAAGACUGUUGUUGAUGGUGCCUCGCUGAGUCAGGUGGCUUACCUACUAUCGGAAGGUUCGACUCUGUGCGGCAUCUCCCACCCGAACAUCCUCUUCCCGGUCGCUGCGGUGACCGAACUUUCGGGGCCACCGAAGGUUGCCUAUCCGCUCACCGCCAAAGGAAAUCUCAAACUGUACUUGCAAAGCUGCCGGGAGAUCGGAAUUCAAAAUUCGCAGCUCAGCACCCGACAGCUGGUGGAGUUUGGCCUUCAGGUGGCCCGCGGCAUCUCGCACCUACACUCGCUCGGCGUGCUGCACAAGGACAUUGCCACCAGAAACUGUGUUCUGGACAUCGAGCUAAACGUUCGGGUUUGUGAUAACGCGCUGUCGCGGGACGUCUUUCCGAACGACUACCACUGUCUCGGGGACAACGAGAACCGGCCCGUCAAGUGGAUGGCCCUGGAGACACUCGAGAAGAAGUUCUUCACCGCAUCGAGCGACAUCUGGAGCCUGGGGGUCCUGCUUUGGGAGCUGGCGACGCUGGCCGCCAUGCCGUUCGAGGAGGUGGACUGUUUCGAAUUAUCGGCCUAUCUCCGCGACGGCUAUCGGUUAGCGCAGCCAGUCAACUGUCCGGACGAGUUCUACACCGUAAUGUCCUGUUGCUGGCUUGCGGACUACAAGCAGCGGCCAUCGUUCCCCCAGCUAAUUGCCUAUUUGCACGAUUUUCACGACGACCUGGGCAAGUACAUCUAG